AUGUGUUUUCAAAUUUUAUUUUGUUUUGAAAUCUAUUUUUUUAGCCUGUUGCCUAGCAACACAGGCAAUGGCUAAAACAGAACACCUGUUCUAUGACAUCAGUAAAAUUCUCUGGUGGGCGGGGCCUGCUCUUUGAUCUGAAUGAUGUCAUCAUGACAUCAUUAGAAUUCUAGAAUUUUGCAUGAUUAGAAUGUCAGAAUUUUGCAUAAGUUCAUUGGACUUGGAAGUCUCUACGAACGCAUUAUUGCAUCUUUUUGCAUAUUUGUGAUCAUUUUCGCUGUAUUUUUAUCAUAUUUUUAUGAAUAUGAAGGCCAACAGGAAUAACAACCUUUGGCAAUACGCAGAAAUGAACACCUCCCAGCUUCUCCCUGCUUCCAACAAGGACAGCUUAAAAAUGGUGUCAGAGCACGAUCUUUAUCAAAAAUUGUCAUCAAAAGAUGAAGCCAUCGCUGAACUAAAGAUAGAAAUUGGACAAUUAAAGGGACGGAACGAAGAACUUAGCCUAAAACUGGCCAAUAUGACGUCCCAGGCUGAUAAUAUGUGCCAGCAGUACAAAACUAAGACUUCAUCUUUUGAGGAAGCAAAAACUGAUUUUCAAAAACAGCUUCAGGUUCUUAUAGUCCAGAAUAAGUUUCUCCACACACAAAAUCAAAAAAUGGCCGCAGAGAAACAUGAACAAGCCACAUUUUUUAAGAAGAUGGCCGAUGAUUUUAGACAUUUGGGAACAGCUCUGAUGGCUGAAAAACUCAAAACUCAAGAUGCCGAGCAAUCUCUGGAGCGUUUACGUAAAUACACUGAAGAACGAGAGAAGGAAUGGGAUACAGUUAGAAAAGGACUCCUUCUUCUGUGUGCACGUUAUGAACGAAACGCCAUCGAAGCUACAUGGGCUCUUGCGUCUGAGAGGCGAGAUUUAGAACAAUCGCAAUACCAGGUGAGAUUUCUAACAACUUCACUCAAAGCAAAACACGCUGAUUUUCAGCAAGUGAUAGACGAAAAAUCCUCAGCCAUAACACACUUAGAAGAGUCUGUGAAAACUGAAAAAGUUCGUACCAAACAGCUCGAGAUUUCUUUAACCGAAAAACAGGAGGAAACACAAACUACCAGGGCAUCUUUGGAACAUUUACAGAAAAUCAUAGGCGAACAGAAAGAAAAAUUAAACUCUGAGAGGGAGAAAGCAAAGGAGGAAAGAUUUAAGCUGUCAAAAACUAUAGCUAACCUGAGGGAGAAAGCAGAGAAAGAAACAUCUAAGCUGUCAGAAACUAUAGCUAACCUGAGGGAUGAAUUAGAAACGAAAGAUAAGCAACAUCAAGAGUUUGCAGAUCACAUGUUGGAGAGAGUAUCUUCUCUAACACAACAGAUCGAGAAUACAAAACCCAAAAAACACACUUUCUUCAAGUGGUUUAAAAGACAGAAACCUGCUGUGCCUGACGCCUCGCUUCCUCCGUCCUCGUAACUUUGAAAUUAUUUUGUUUGUUUUUUACCAAUAUUUAAUAUUUAAAUAUUCAUUACUGUGGCCAAUGCUUCACACCAACAACUAUUUUAUCUGUAAGCAUCAUGUUUUAAAUCUUUGCACAGCACUAAGAAAACAAAUGGGUGAUGUCUUAAAAAAACAUUUGGUAACAUGAUGGUCAGUGGUUACUGAAUGUUCUGAUUUGAUCCCUGGUUCAGACCUCUCUCUCUGUGUGAAGAUUACAUAUUCACGUGGUGAGAGAGUGGGUUUUCCCCGGGCACUCCGGUUUCCUCCCACAGACAAAAAAAAAGUUUGAACCUUUCUUUCUAUGUGAAGAUUUAUCAAAAACUCCCUACUGUCUCCAUUUUUAAAUUACAGAUUAAGACUCUUCUCUUUAAACAUUCUGGUCUAGUUACUACUAUUAUUAUUAUUAUUAUUACUAUUAUUAUAUGCACGUGGUGAUAGAGUGGGUUUUCUCCGGGCACUCCGGUUUCCUCCUACAGACCAAAAAAAUAAUAAACAAAAACCACAACAUAAAAUGCCUGUUAGGCUGACUAGCGUUUUAAAUAAGAGUGGACAGUGCCGGCAAAAAGAGGAUUCUAAAAUCUCUAAAAUAAAUUAAACUGAACUAAAUUAAAGCAAACUACACUAAAAAAAGGAAAAAAAAUUGUAU